AUGUCGGGAGAAACAUUGAUGCCAAGUCGAGCUCGUCGAUCGAAACCCGCCGUUUCUCAAGUUCUCGACAGUCAAAUCACCAAUCCAGAGCGUUCGUCGCCCGUGACCCCGGAUCGUCGGAAUAGAUAUGACGCUGAAAAGGCGAAAUACGACGCAGUUCCAUCCAGAUUUGAAAGUCGACAGAGAGACGUUGAUUUCAGACCACGACAAAGAGAAUCCUAUGGCAAUGGAUCAUCUCGAAAUGACAACAGAUCUCGAGGAAGACCUCGAUAUAGCGACCAAGGCUCUGGAUUCAAUCGUGGUCAUCAAAAUUCAAGCUACAACGAUGGCCGGAGAGAUUCUCCUGAAUCCCCAGAUGAAGAGCAUGAUGUUCCUGAAGGAGCGUUGCUAAUUGGAGACAGUAUGCUUAAGUCCUGUAUAUAUUACAUGGAUACUGUUCCACUAAAGGAUUUUUUCGCGUUCUCCUACCCGGGAAUCAGAGCGGAAGGACUGGUUGAAGCGUUGAAGUCAGAAUAUCUUCCCCCGCCCCGUCGAGUCGGAACAAUUCUACUUCAUGUUGGCACAAAUAACGCCUCCCAAUCACGCGUUAAGUCUACUGUAUCCGAAUGUGCCCAGGAAAUCAUCGAAUGCAUCUACAUGGUUCGAAAGCUCUACCCAGCAGCGAUGAUUUUCGUUAGCUCGAUUCUCCCUAGACUCGACGAAGAUCAUCUACGAGCGGUUGAGUGCAACAAGAUUGUCGCUGUGUAUGUGAAUACAGAGAUGACGGACGAUGAAAUGGUCAAGGUCAUCGAUUUCUCCACAGACUUCUACUUUCAAAACGACGGAGAAAAUGCUCUAAAAGAAUAUAUGUAUCGCAAAAGCCAGAUCGAGCAAAAAAGCCCUGUUGAAGGAGAAGAAGUGUACGUCGAUAAUGUCCAUUUGAGCGACGAGGGAGGGCAGCGCUUCAUGGAACUGAUUCAUCAUUCUUUGGAGGCUGCUAAGUUUGAUAACAAGAAAAGAAAGGUUCUUGGAUCGCAGCUCUUGAAAUUAAAAGAUUGGAAUACGUUUCGGGUCCAGGAGUUCGGGAUGUUCGGCGAACAUAUUCGACACAGAGAGACAAAUUAUAUGGCGGCUAUCAAGAAAGACUACGCGCUUGAAAACUCAGACGAGCGACUCAAAGAAGCACGUAGAUCGGAAGACUGGUACGAACGAAACGAGGAUGACGAUGAAGAAUGCCAGAACGAGCCAGAGAAAGAAGAAACGAAUGAAGAAAUGAAUGAGCGAAUGGCAGAAGAAACCGAGUUUCAAGCUCCGUUCGAUAUUGAUGAAGAGUCGCUCGCUUCGUCGGAAGUCUCAAACUUUUCAGCGAAUAAAGAAGGAAUGAUUGAUUGGGAAAAUAAGGACGAGUUUGAUUACGAUUACGAUGACGAUCUUUUCGGGAAGCGAGCAAACGAAAAGAUUCCAGAAGAAAACGACGAGAAUGACACGACUCUCGUCGAUGAGCCGAAUUCGAGCGAAGGCGACAAGGAGCCAGAAACAGCCGCCGAUGAUGAGAAAAAACCUCCAGGGGAGGCGGGGACUCCACCGCAGAGUGCCGAAGAAAAUCUCUGCACUCAAGAAGAGUCAUCCGCUGAAGAGGAAAAAACACCUCCUGAUUCUCUUUACGUUGACAUUGACAAUCAUAUCGACCAGCCUUUCCGCAACUCGCCAGUUAUUGAUACCGCGAACUUGCCGCUCAGCGAUGGUAUGUCUGACGCUUCCGACGAAUUCAUCAUUGAUGAGGACCUUAUGGAGGUCCCCAAUCUCGUGAAGAAAGCUCGUAGAAAUAGCAACACGAAGCCCGUCCAUUUUCGAGCACAGCCGAACAGCCCUCCUCCAGUUCCGAAGGUUCAAGCUUUAGUUCCAAGGAAAGGAUUUAUCAAGCAAGAUAGAAAAUCUUUCGCCAAAGAAAAAGUCUUCCUCAUCGGCUUCGGGAAAGCUGCUGCUGGUAUGGCAAGUGGAGUAAUCGAGUACUUUGGAGAUUAUGUCGCCCAAGGGAUCGUCUCAGUGCCUUUCGGAACUAGAAAAUCCAUGGAAGAAAAUGCGGGUGCAUUUUCUGAACGAUCGAGUAUGUGGCCCGUUCACGAAAAUGUCAAAGUCCUUGAAGUCGCGGAAAACAACCUUCCAGACGCAGCUGCUGUGGACGCAUCGAACAAGAUUCUUGAGUUCGUGAAGAAUCUCGAACCAGACGACAAGCUGAUAGUUUGCUGUUCUGGCGGCGGUAGCGCGUGUUUAGCUUGCCCUGCUGAUUCGAUAUCGCUUGAUGAGAAAUUAAGAAUUAUCAAAAAGCUUCAAUCAAAGGGCGCUACUAUUCAAGAACUCAACGCUGUAAGAUCACUUUUGAGCAAGACGAAAGGAGGAAGGCUUUUGGCAGCGACAAAAGCUUCUAAGACUUAUCCCUCGAAUACGGUUGAAGUUAUCGGCAAUAAUCAAGUACUAAUUAAACGAAUCGAGGAAAUAUGUGCUCAGGGAAAAGUAUCUGAUAGACCGAUUCCUUACUUCUCUCUUGGAAACGAAAUUUCCGGGGAAGCCCGUGAUCUCGCCAAGUUCUACGUUUGGAUUGCGAAAGCUCUUGCUGACAGGAGUAAUCGGAGCAGCAUUCCAGAUUUUUCUAACCUCCAGAUAACUACUCCUGACGUCUCUGACUUUUUCGAAGAAAUACGCGACAUUUUCGAUGAAAAUGGCGAAGUUCUCGUAAUUGCCGGCGGUGAACCUACUGUGACUAUCCUUGGGAACGGGAGAGGAGGAAGAAAUCAAGAACUCGCACUGGCUUUUGAAAUUGAAGCUCAAGGAAAGCUAAAUGUGGAGUUCUUAUCUGCUGGAACUGAUGGACAAGAUGGUCCCUGUGAUGUCAGUGGCGCUUUUGCGGCGCAAAUGACGGCGCGCGCGACGGUGCUAUCGAGCUCGCCAGAUCUUUCCUAG